UGCUGGAGGGUCUACUUUUGUAAACUGUAUCCAGGCCCCUGGCUGCACAAUGUGUUGUCACAUCAAGAGCACUGUGAAUUCCUAGUGCCCUUCUACACCAAGAGCAGCCAAUUGGGGUACCUGAGGUGUGACUUUAACAACUGCCUCAAUCCUCGAUCUGCAUACCUGAAAAUCAAGUAUAUGGUUGACAUGUCCUCCAUGACAACCUUCGCUUCUCUGGUCCUGCUGUUGUCUCUGGCAGGCCGAAUGACAAAUUCAGCCAGGAUUCUGGGCAUCAUCCCCUCGGCCUCCAUCAGCCACCAGCUGCCAUUCCGACUUAUAGCUCUGGAGCUCGUCAGGAGAGGCCACCAGGUCACGCUCAUGACUACUGAUCCCAUAAGAAAAAAUAUCCAGAAUUAUACAGAAAUAGACCUGUCAAACUCAUACGACUACGUGAAGUCAGCGUUUGAUUUUGUGUCAAUGUCAGACGACAGCCCAGUCGAAAUGAUCAAAAUGUGGCCUGUUGCAGGAGAAAAAAUGUGUCAAAUGCAGAUAGAGUCCCCACAGGUCCAGGCUUUCAUUCGGUCCCAGCCGUCUUUCGACGUUGUUAUCCUGGAAAGGUUGGUGUACCAGUGCUACUACGGUCUGGUUCACCAACUGGGAUCCCCACCAAUGAUAGGCUUCGUAUCUCUGAGCGCACCAUCUCCAGUACUGUCAUCUUUUGGGAAUCCCAACAACCCCGCCUAUUCCCCUGAUUUCAUGGUGGGCCACACCGACCACAUGUCGUUCUGGGAAAGACUAUACAAUGCCUACAUAAUAACACGCCUUCAUUACGCAUGGAACUGUCAAAUACUUCCAACUCAAGAGAAGAUGCAAACGAAGUAUUUUGGUCGUGGUCAUCCGUCUGUGCACGAAACUGAAAGGAAUUUCAGCCUCCUCCUCGUAAAUAAUCAUUUCAGUAUGAACUAUCCCCGACCGUUGCUGCCUAAUAUCAUUGAGCUGACGGGGCUGCAUCUGGAGAAACAGCGGAAGCCACUUCCUCUGGAUAUCAAGAAUUUCCUUGACGGUGCAACAGAUGGUGUGAUUUACUUCAGCUUCGGCAGCAAUGUGAAAGGCAGCACGUUGCCAGAGGACAAAAGGCGAGCGUUCCUCGAAGCAUUCGCACAGCUGCCACAGCGGGUGCUCUGGAAGUGGGAGGUGGAUAGCCUGCCUGGACAGCCGGAGAACGUCAUGAUAGCCAAGUGGCUGCCCCAGCAGGACGUCUUGGCACAUCCAAACAUUCGUCUGUUCAUAACCCAGGGAGGACUCCAAAGCAUGAAUGAAGCAAGUUACUUCGCAGUGCCUCUGCUUGGAAUUCCUUUCUUUGCUGAUCAGCACCACAAUGUGGCUAAGAUGGUGCAAGCUGGUAUAGGCUACCGUCUGCUGUUCAGAGAUGUCACUACCGAUACUGUUCUGAAAGCCAUUCACACAGUUCUUGGCAAUGAAAGCUACAAGGAUAACAUGAAACGAUUCUCAGCAGUAUUCCGCGAGCACCAGGAGAGGUCCCUGGACAGUGCUGUGUGGUGGAUAGAAUACGUGAUACGUCACAAGGGUGCUCCCCACCUGCGCAGCGCAGCCCUCGACCUCAGCUGGUGGCAGCUGCUGCUGCUCGACGUCAUCGCAUUCGUGGUUGCAGCGGCGUCCAUCGUAGUCUACCUACUGUACAAGGCAACUUGCUACUGCAGAACUUCAGCACGUGGUUUUCUCAAGCAGAAGACGUUGUGAUGGAACUCGAUGGCAAAAUUUUCCCAUCAUGUACAUAAGAAAUAAUAUUUCUUAGCACCUCAGAUAAACGAAACUGGACGUUAAAAAUAAUAUGGGUCAAUUUGUGGAUCCUGGCAUGUGAUAUCUUGUCUUUACAGAAUGUAAUAGAAAUUUAUUCCUGCUGUGCAGGUGGCCUAAAUACAAUUUAUAUUUACUAAUUUGUUAAAAUAAUGGAACUGACAGUGUUUUUCUUCUAGUACAACAGGUAUCUC